AUGACUCUAUUUUACAGUGGUAGGGACAAACACGAACGAGGUGUAGGGUUUAUAGUUAAAGACAAUUUACUAUCACAAAUUACAAAUUUCAAACCUAUAAAUGACUGUCUUACACUGAACUUAAAUAUAAAAAAUGAGUUCUAUGAUAGUUUAGACAUGUUAUACGAUUCUUUACCAGCUGAUAAACCGAAAAUAGUGAUCGGAGAUUUUAAUGCAAAAAUUGGAAAGGAAACGAUAUAUAAAUCAACAAUUGGAUCUGAAAGCUUACAUGAAGAAUUUAAUGAUAAUGGUUAUAAGUUGAUCUCAUAA